AUGGUGGCAUUUGCGAUGUUGAUAUUGGCGCUGCUGCCUCUGGCAGUGGGCAAGAUUCCUCCUGUCACAUGUCCCAUCAGGGACCCUCUUCCUAUCCUUCACAAAUAUUAUAAAUCAGGAGACCUCAUCAUUGCAGGCGUUAUAUCCCAGAUCUACAUAUUUACCAAUCCGAUCACUUUUGACAAACGUCCCUCGGAGGAACUCUUUGAUGACCAUGUCCAGUUCGCGGCACGUUGGACCUACCUUGCCUUGAUGGAACUACUCUCCACAUGGGGCAGAUUCAUCCCCAACUACAAGUGUGAUGCCCGACACAAUCCACUCGUAGUCAUCACCGGACCAAACUCUGACAUCUUUCUCCAUGUGGAAGCCAUUCUGCACAUCUACAAGAUCCCCCAGCUCACAUAUGGCUCUGCCUCAGUGAUGGAUAGGAAAACACAAUCUGUUUUCUUCCAUUGGAUGUUCCCAAAAGAGGUGCAUCAAAAUAUGGGGAUUCUUCACUUACUGCUAUAUUUCAAGUGGACAUGGAUUGGGGUAAUUUUGGUUUCGCUCGAUCAUGAAGCUGGAGAGAGGUUUGUGCAGGAAAUGAUUCCCAUAUUCUCCAAGAAUGGGAUUUGCUUUGACUUCAUAGAAACAUUUCCACUGAUAGCAUUUUCCAGUGAAAUUGCUGAAAUGGAGACAGAGCUUAUUAAAACAUUCAAAACUGUCAUGGGAAGCACUGCUAAUGUUUUGGUUCUUCAUGGUGAAAUUCAGACGAUGAUAAUUUUAAGAAUAUUCCUACAACUCCCAGAAUUCGAGGAUAUACCGAUUAAGGCAAAAGGUACAAUCUGGAUCAUGACUGCUCAGAUGGACUUCACCUCACUUCCCUUUCAAAGAAACUGGGACAUAAAUGCUAUCCAUGGUGCCAUCUCCUUUGCUAUUCACUCUGUGGAGCUCUCCGGAUUCCAGAAAUUUCUUCAGAAGAAAAAUCUUUCCUCUGAAAAAGAAGAUGGCUUCAUCAGGCUAUUCUGGCAACAAGCAUUUAACUGUUCCUUCUCCAACUCUGUGGUAGGCCCAAAGGAUGGGAAUAUUUGCACUGGGAAGGAGAAGCUGGAUUCUCUUCCCGGAUCUGUUUUUGAAACAAUCACAACUGCCCAUAGCUACAGCAUCUAUAACAGUGUCUAUUCAGUGGCAUAUGCAUUGCAGGACAUGCUGUUCACCAGAUUCCAAGAAAGAGCAAUGGUACAUGGUGGGAGAUUGGAUCUUCAAGAUCAACAGCUACGGCAGCUUCACCAUUUUCUGAGAAGAGUCUUAUUCAACAACAGUGCUGGAGAACAGGUGUCCUUUGACCAAAAUGCGGAAUUAGUAGCUGGGUUUGAUAUCAUCAACUGGGUCACAUUCCCAAACCAGUCCUUUCUUAGAGUCAAAAUUGGAAAGACAGACCCCAAAGCUCCUCUUGACAAAAUGUUCCUCAUCUUUGAGGAUACAGUGGUAUGGCCUGCCAUGUUCAACCAGGAAAGGCCCCUUUCUGUAUGUAACGACAAUUGUCAUUCUGGUUAUAGCAGCCGAAAGAAGGAAGGGAAGCCAUUUUGCUGCUAUGAUUGCCUUCCAUGUCCAGAAGGGAAGAUUUCAAACAAAAAAGACAUGAAUGACUGUUUACAGUGCCCCGAAGGACAGUAUCCGAACAAGGACAAGAAUUUAUGCCUUCCAAAACAGAUAAGCUUCUUGUCAUAUGAAGACCCUUUGGGGAUCACUUUGGCCACGUUUGCUCUUUUCUUUGCUUUCCUCACAUCUUUGGUGCUUGGGAUCUUCAUCAGGCACCGGGAUACUCCCAUCGUCAAAGCCAACAACCGGGACCUCACCUACACCCUUCUCCUCUCCCUCCUGCUCUCCUUCCUCUGUGCUUUGCUAUUCAUUGGCCAGCCAGGGGACACGACAUGUCUGUUCCGACAAACAACUUUUGGCAUCAUCUUCUCAGUGGCUGUCUCUUGUGUGUUAGCUAAAACUGUCAUUGUGGUUCUAGCAUUCAUAGCCACCAAGCCAGGCUCCAGAAUGAGGACAUGGGUGGGUAAUAGAAUGGCCAAGUCCAUCGUUAUUGCCUGCUCCCUUAUUCAAGUUUCCAUUUGUACCUUAUGGUUGGCAACUUCUCCUCCUUUCCCAGAUUUUGACAUGCAUGCUAUAAAUGAAAAAAUUGUGCUGGAAUGUAAUGAAGGGUCAGCCACCAUGUUUUACUGUGUCUUGGGCUACAUGGGCUUCCUGGCCAUCGUCAGCUUCACUGUGGCUUUUCUGGCCAGGAAGUUGCCUGACAGUUUCAAUGAAGCCAAGUUCAUCACCUUCAGCAUGCUCGUCUUUUGCUGUGUUUGGCUGUCCUUUGUUCCGACAUACUUGAGCACCAAAGGGAAGUACAUGGUGGCUGUGGAGGUCUUCUCCAUUCUAACCUCCAGUGCUGGGCUUCUGGGCUGCAUCUUUUCCCCAAAAUGCUACAUAAUCGUAUUAAGGCCUGAGCUGAACAACAAAGGACAGCUAAUAAGGAGAGAGACGUAG